AUGUGCACCAGCAUUCUUCCUGGCCCCAAGGAGCAAAAUCCGGAUCAAAUCCAGCGCAUUAAAGUACCUACUGAAUCGUGUCCCCAAGGACAACUCGUACGUGUUGUUUUGGUGGCCGUUGUCUGUGAUAAGCCCGCCGCACAUAAGAUUGGGGGCUUCGCUUCACAUUCACAUACUCACUUCUGUACCUCAUGCUGGAUCAACAUCGCCAACAAGGACAAACCCUCAGCCAUUACUGAUGGAGCAUUCAAGGUUCGGACGAACGAAGAGCAUCGCGAACUGGGCAAACAAUAUUGUAAUCUCACUACCGCUAGUGCUCGCAAGAAUUUCAUCAAGGAAUUUGCGACCAGAUAUAUGCAACUGUCUAGACUUCCGUACUUCAACAUUGUCAAACAGGUAAUAAUUGACCCUAUGCAUAACUUGUUCCUCGGUAUGUUUAUUUUGUCACACCAUAUACUAUACUAA